AGAGAGUGGGGACCAUCCACCAACGCCACGUGCGUUUUCCUUCUCCGUCGUUGAAAGUGAGAGAGAGAGAGAGAGAGAGAGAGAGAGCUGCUGGAUUGGAAAUGGACAUGUAAGGAUAUUCUAAAAUGAAGAAGAUUUUAUCUCCAUGAAAUAUUCCAUCCUCCAGCACGAGCAGUAGCAGCUUCUCUCACUCUCUGUCUCUCUCCUUCCUCCUUUAUCUGUAAAUUCUUAGAUUUUGUGGGAUUGACUGAGAAUGAUGGAGCCAGAAUUCAGGGUUUUCUCUUUAUUUUUGGUUUUGUGCUUUCUCAUACCUGUUUCUGUUGGUGCGCAAGGAGGACCGGAGGCGGAUCGGAUAACCGGUCUGCCUGGCCAGCCAUCGAACGUUGGCUUCUCUCAGUAUUCUGGCUACGUGACUGUCGAUCUUCACUCAGGCCGUGCUCUGUUUUACUGGCUGAUUGAGUCUCGUCCGCCAAGUUCAGCGACGCCCCUUGUGCUGUGGCUCAACGGAGGGCCUGGUUGCUCCUCCAUCGCUUACGGAGCAGCGGAAGAGGUUGGUCCCUUCCGUGUCAACCCUGAUGGCCAGACUCUCUUCUUGAACAAUUAUGCAUGGAACAGCUUGGCCAACAUACUGUUCCUCGAGUCGCCUGCUGGUGUUGGCUUCUCUUAUUCGAACACAUCUUCAGAUCUCUACACUGCUGGAGACCAGCGAACAGCUGAGGAUGCAUACACUUUCCUUUUGAACUGGUUUGAGAGGUUCCCUCAGUACAAGUACAGAGACUUGUACAUUGCUGGAGAGAGUUAUGCAGGGCACUAUGUUCCUCAGCUGUCCCAAAUUAUAUUCCGUAGAAACCAGUGCAUUCAGAAUUCUGUCAUUAAUUUCAAAGGUUUCAUGGUAGGCAAUGCUGUUACAGAUGAUUUCCAUGAUUAUGUGGGUACCUUUGAGUACUGGUGGACUCAUGGUCUAAUUUCGGAUGCCACGUAUCGUACACUGAGACUCACCUGUGACUUCCAAUCUUCUGAGCACCCUUCAGUAGAAUGCCAGAAAGCUCUCAAUGUUGCUAGCACUGAGCAAGGAAACAUAGAUCCAUACAGUAUAUUCACACGUCCAUGCAACAACACAGCAUCCCUCAGACGUAAUUUGAGGGCGACCCAGCCAUGGAUGUCUAGAGCAUAUGAUCCCUGCACUGAGAGGCACUCUAAGGUGUACUUCAAUCGUCCAGAAGUUCAGAAGGCACUCCAUGCGAAUCUUACUGGAAUUCCCUAUCCUUGGGAAACAUGCAGUGACGUUGUUGGAAACUAUUGGGCAGAUUCUCCUAGAUCCAUGCUUCCUAUUUAUCAAGAGCUUAUUGCAGCCGGUCUUCGGAUCUGGGUCUACAGUGGGGACACAGAUUCUGUUGUGCCAGUGACUGCAACCAGAUACUCUAUUGAUGCUCUCAAGCUGCCAACCCUUAUCAAGUGGUAUCCCUGGUAUGACAAUGGAAAGGUUGGUGGGUGGAGCCAAGUAUACCAAGGUCUGACCUUUGUAACUGUGAGAGGUGCAGGGCAUGAGGUUCCGCUUCAUCGCCCUCGACAAGCUUUUAUACUAUUUAGAUCUUUCUUACAGAAUAAGCCGAUGCCCAGAAGCUGAGCCUUCGGAUAGCUAUUCAGCCGAUUCAGAAGAAUAAGUAAAACUACAAAAAGAGGGAUGGAAGGAAAGAAUAAAGGACAAUGUCCAUAGUGUGUAAGCUCGAAUUCAUACUUGGUGAUUGUCUUCCAGGUUCCUCCCCAAUAGUUGAUAAUCUUUCUGCCAUUCUUUUCUGAUCAAUUCUGUAUUAAUGGAAGCAUGGUUUUUUCCA